AUGCCACCGACCCGUAUCUCCGAUGGCCCUCGCUACACCACGGUCAUGGGCAACAAGGUACACAGGCUGCGGAAGGCCGACGACUGGCUGGAUUGGCUUCGCGGCGUCAACGCCUGCCUGAUGCCCAAGCGGGCCCACGCCCAGAUGUACAUCGACGAGCCGUACCGCUGCUCAGACGAGAGCAAUCAUAUCUCGGUAUAUCGACCUCAGUACGGGAUAGCUGGAAACCACCCUCCGCACGGCCAGCAGCUGUCUCCAGCAUCUGGGCCCAUUCCGGACAACUGGUUCAAGUCGCGCUGGGCCACCUGGCGUAAAUCGGAGUUCCUUGCCCGCUCCGUCUUCCUCCUGACUGUCGACACCCCUCUCAUCAUUCAGGUGGAGGACCUCUGGUGUGUCAAGGACAUGUUCUACGCUCUCCACGCACUCCUUUUCCCGAACGAGGCCCACGACUAUAACGCAAAGGAUCUCUAUCGCAAGCUGCGCGAAAUGCUGCUCGACGACGGCGCCUCUGCCGAAGCAAUGACCCGGCAUUUUCAGGACUUCUACGCGAUUCUCGUGCGGAGGCGCAAUAUGGGAUACCCCAUUUCGAACGAAUCAUCUCUAUCCCUUUUCUUCCUCAGCAUCCAAGGCGACCUGCGCGUCCGCUUUGAGGCCGCUUUUGUUGCGAAGUGCCCCCUCAAGAACAACUGGCGCGAUCUCUGGGACCUCUUCAAGACUGAAAUCGAAGCCAAGCGCAGGUUGGAGGUCGAGGAGGUGGUCGAGGCGGAGGUCGCGGAGGAGGUCGUGGCGGAGGUCGAGGCGGAGGGGAGUGUGGGUGACGAGAAUGAGGGGAGCGAGAGUGAGGAGAAUGAGGGGAGUGAGGGUGACGAGGAGGAGGAGGAGGACAUUGAGGACGAUGGGUAUGGCAGUGACGAUGCCGAGGGCGAGGAUGAGGUUGAGGAUGGGGUUGUGUUUGAGGCGGUUCCCGCGGAGGAGGCCCCAGUCCCCGAGGAGGGCAUGGCGGCUGAGUAG